AUGCAGAAGGAGCGUACUCGUCGUGGGUUCUCUAUAUACGUGUCAUCUUUCUAUCAUUCGUUUCACCAAAAGGUCGUCCUUGAAGUCGAUUUUUCGGGAAGGCUCUGGGGCUACACGGAGCUCACAGUAUUACCUGAAAUUAAAGAUCUGAGGACCGUACACCUACACUCCAGACAAUGCACUAUUCACGCCGUAACGGUCGCAUCCCAACCCGCCGAGUUCGUUCAUAACGACCCGCUGAGUAAUCUGCAUAUUUCUAAACCCUCGGAUUGCCACACGCACCCCGAACUUAAGCGGCAAGUGUAUUCGGCUCUCGCGGAGGGCGAUGAGGGAGAGCUCUCAAUCGGGAUACCGAAAGAGGUGGUAAUCAGGCAAUCUGGACAUACUCUGUCCGGCAUCACUGGUGAGGUUGCUACCCCUGAACCUCAAACUCCAGGAUUGGCUGCGCAGACUGCCGCCGCCUCUUUCGAGUUCGCACCGAUAACUGUGAAGGUUACCUACAGCCUACGCAAUCCAGUAGACGGCAUCCAGUUCGUUCUUCCUUCAGAUGCUUAUCCCUAUCGCAUACCACAUGUGUACACUACACCGUCCUCGGCGGAUGCUGCCAGGUGCUGGGUUCCUUGCGUCGACAACUUAUGGGAGAAGUGCACCUGGGAAUUUGAAUUUGUCGUACCGCGACACUUGGAACAGACGGACGACGAGCCCAGAUUGGAUGACGACGAUGAGCUUCAAGAGAGCGAGUACCCCACUGUUGUUGCUUGCAGUGGCGAGCUAAUUGAACAAGCAAGGAUGCAGGUUUCACACCCGCAUAAUUCGGGGAAGACGAUCUUCCUAUUCGCACAAACUACGCUCACGUCAGUGCAGCACAUUGCAUGGGCUGCAGGUCCGUUUCAUGUUCACACCAUUCCCCCUGAGAUGUCUUCCGCCGAGGAUACCUCUGGGUCUUCCCAGCCGCUUAUGCACGCGUUCUGCCUUCCGGGACAAGAACAACAGCUGAUUACGUCGAUAUCCUUCAUGCGAUCGGCCAUGAGCUUCUACUCCUCCGAGUUCGGCUCUUAUCCCUUUGGCUCUUAUAAGCUGGUGUUCGUCGACGAAAUGCCGACACAGCGGUUUGACGUGGCGACACUAUCUCUUGUCACUGUCGAUCUCCUGCACGGUGACGACGCCAUAGACCAGGUUUACGAGACUCGGCUGUGCCUCGGUCAUGCUUUAGCUUGCCAGUGGGUAGGUAUCAACAUCCAGCAGAAGACGUGGUCCGACACUUGGCUUGUCAAUGGCCUUGGCCUUCACAUCACUGGUCUAUUCCUCAGGAAGCUGUUGGGAAACAACGAGCACCGGUUCAGGCUCAAGAAGGAUAUGGAGCGGGUGGCCGAGAUGGACAACGGCGCACAGUACCCCAUUUGUCAACCACAGGUCCUGGAGCCUCCCGACCCGAAUCAACUUGCGUUCAUUAACUUGAAGGCUCCGCUCAUCCUUCAUAUCUUGGACCGUCGGCUCGGGAAAUCGGGUACUUCGCUUGGAUUGUCUCGUGUCCUACCCAAGGUGUUCCUCUCUGCUAUCAGUGGAGAGAUGCCUAGCAACCUUAUCUCCACUCACGCGUUCCUCCGAAUGUGUAGAAAGGUCAGCGGCAUUGACCCACGGUCUUUCGCUGAGCAAUGGAUCUACGGUAGUGGCUGUCCGACCUUUGGCUUCUCCGCUAGCUUCAAUCGGAAGAAGAUGGCCGUAGAGAUUCAGAUGCGCCAGGACGCACCCGCGUACAAGGUCCACGAGAGUAGUGAGAUCAACAAACUCGUGUACAAGCCUGUUCCCUUCUUCGAGGGCCAAAUGACGAUCCGAAUCCAUGAGGCCGAUGGCACUCCAUACGAGCACGUCCUAGAUAUCCGGAGUCCAUUCAAGCGGUACGAGGUUCCCUUCAAUACGAAGUAUAAGCGUGUACGACGGAACACGAAGCGAUAUCUGGCCCGCCAAGCUGCUGCACAGGCAGCAGCAGAAGGCGAUGCCGAGGCUGCCGCUGCGAUGGACAUGGUCGACAUGGGGUUCGGCCUCGAGAUUUGGGAGAAGGAGAAGGAGCGUGAGAACUGGAAGGUGGCAGACUGGACGGAGGAAGACGAGCAGAAUAUGUCCGGUCAGACCUACGAGUGGAUACGCAUCGAUGCGGACUUCGAGUGGAUUGCCAACAUCGCUUUCGACCAGAAGGACUACAUGUGGGUAUCGCAGCUACAAAGGGAUAGGGAUGUUGUCGCACAGUAUGAGGCAAUAGCUGUACUUGCUAAGCAACCCAACGCGAUCAUCUCCAGUACCUUCACGAAAACGGUCUUAGUUUCGAACUACUUCUUCCGCAUCCGCUGCGAGGCCGCACAAGCUCUCGUGACCUGCGCCAUACAACGGCUGGACUGGAUCGGUCUCUUCCACCUGUUCAAGCUCUUCCUCCGGUAUUGCUAUGACCCUGAAGAUCCUAACCAGGAUCUCUUUCGUCACACGUACGUACCGAGGCCGAAUGACUUCAGCGAUUUUGCGGAAUACUUCGUUCGUAAGAGUUUGCUACAAACAAUUUCCCGCGUGCGGUUCGAGAACGGCAAGACUCCCGCCGUCGUUCGGCAAUUUUUGAUUGACCAGUUACGGUAUAAUGACAAUACUUAUAAUCCUUUCUCGGACGCGCUGUACAUUUGUUCCAUAAUUUCCGCGCUCGCCUGCGCUACGGUGUCCACAGUCCCUCCGGAACGGGGAGAGUUUGUCGCUGCUGAAGCUCGACCUCCGAUGGAUCCCGAGGAUGACAAGCUGCUUAAGGAAGCUGUUUCGGAGGUCGACAGAUAUAGGAGCAUGGAUCGCUUAAUACCCUCGGUACACAAUGUUGUCUCCAUUGCAACUAUAGAGUUUUACCUUCUCUUGAGCGUCGCGAACUUGAUACCGCAUGAUCCACGCAUGCUCAUUCCACUAACUAGGGAGGGCAAUUUUACCCAAGUCCGCAUGGCCGCUUUCGAUUCUCUAUUCUUCACGAAGUGGUAUACGCCUGCCAUUAUGCAGUAUAUCCUUGCUACUAUGACCCACGACUCGUCUCGCGUUAUUCGUCGACAUGUUGCUCGCAAUGCCUGUCAGAGUUUUGCUCUGUUGGUUACGAUGGGCGAAAUGGACGCUCUCAAGAAGUCCAAGUCUGUCCUGGUUGAAGACGAUGGCGCCGGCAGCGAGAACAAGAAAGAGAAUCAGAAGAGCGAGGUGGACCUCAUGUUCAAGGCUCUAAGGAAGGAUCAAGACGUCGGCAAGAAUCCCGUUCUGAGGAAUUUCUUAUUACCGAUCGCUCUGUCGGCGGACGUCGAUCGCGAGGUGCGUUGGUGCCUCCUCAAGAUGGCAGAUCUCAUCUUCCGUGCCGAACCAGAGGCGCCGCCCAAGCCGCAGAGGACGUUGUCUCUCAAGGCCGGCGUUCCCAACGUCAAGAGCCCGCUAACACCUACGGUUGGUUCCACCAAAUUCAAGUUGCCCGGCACAGGCACUCGCGUAGAGGUCACGGCUCGGGGUCCCGAGACACCUCGCACAGAGGCGAAGAAAGCCACAAACGAUGGAUUUGCAGUACCCAAGCCUCCCGCGCCGAAGAAGACAGAGAUCAAGUCGGCUCCGAAGAGCAUUCCCAAGGCUCAGUCUGGCGGCAUGUCCACACAAGAUCUUGUUGGAUGUCGUGCUACCCUCAAGAAGCUCAUCGCACAUAAGUCUGCGCCGGUGUUUAGGCAGCCGGUCGACCCCGUUCGCGACCGUGCCCCAGAUUACAUGCAGGUCAUCAAGAAUCCAAUGGAUCUCGGUACUAUGGGAGUCAAGCUCGACCGGGGCAUGUAUAAGAACCGUUCUGAGUUUGAGCAAGAUUUCCGCCUCAUGUGCACUAACGCCAAACUCUAUAAUGCCCCACGGAGCUUCGUCUACGACGAGGCGGUUCGACUCGAGUCUUACUUCGAUAAAGAAUGGGCUCGAGUGAACAAGACGUUAGAAGCUAAGGCUGCAACAAUACGUAAAGCAGAACCUGCGCCUGUGCCUGUCGUUAAGACGCCAAGUAUCAAGAUACAUCCAUCUGCUAAGAUUCCACCCACUCCUGCGACACCCACUCCUGCGCCGUCUGCGUCGUCCGCUACGCCACGCCCUGUCAUCAAGCUUAAAGUUGGUGGCCCGAAGCUCAAUGGUUCUCCAGCACCAAGUCCCGUGCUGACCCCGGCUGCUGAGACUCCCAAGCCCAAGAAGCCAAAGGAUAAGAAAUCAAAGGAGCCUCGAUCGACGCCCUUGGCUACGUCGACCACGGCUGAAUCCUACUUCGAUGACCAAUCUGCAGACGCCGACCUUCUCGAGGAGGUCAUCGCCAUUGAGAGGGAGCAGAACGAAGUGCGGAAACAGCGAGCUGUUAGCACAGAGAAGGAGAAGCGUGACAAGGAUCGCGAGAAAGACAGGGAAAAGGAGCGAGAGAGAGAGCGAGACAGGGAAAAGGAGCGAGAAAGGGAAAAGGAGCGAGAUAGGGAAAGGGAGCGAGAAAGGGAGCGAGAAAGGGAAAAGGAGCGCGAACGAGCCAAGGAGAAGGAACGCGAAGCUGAACAGAGAGAGCGCGAACGCGAGCGGGAGCGAGACCGAGACCGAGAGAAACAAGUACUGCCGAAGGUGGUUAUCGGUAAGCGUAAGAAGGCAACUCCUGCGGAUGACGAAGACGAGAUCCUUGCUCUCGCGACUCCCGCAAAGAAGGAGAAGUCUGUUGCAUCGUCGCCCGCUCCCAUCGCGGGCCCUUCAGCUGUUCCCUCCGCACGUUCCUCGGAGAAAGGUAGCGCGAGACCGUCGCCCGCGCCUCUCCUGGCUGUACAGGCGAAGAAUGGCAUUCCCAAGAAUGACAAGUUGCCCAAGGAGCCAUCGGUCCCCAAGCUUUCUAUCAAGGGCAAAGAGCGUGAAGCUCCCAGCCCUAUUUCGACGCCAAAGCUCAAGAAGCCGUCUCCACCCCACCAGAUCGCGACACUUGUCAACGAGAGGAAGUGCAAGGACAUCCUCCGCACGCUCAUCAAGAUUCCCGACGCUGCCAUCUUCCUGCAGCCUGUCGAUCCUAUCCGAGACGGAUGUCCCACUUACUAUGACGAGAUCCAGAACCCGAUGGACUUCAGUACCAUGCAAGCCAAGCUGACUCAAGGCGAAUAUCAGACAAUGGACGACUUUGCCAAAGACGUCGAGCUCACCCUCGCCAAUUGCCGACAAUUCAACCCGCCGACUACUUAUCCUGUACACUGUGCAGAUGUCGUCGAGAAAGCUUGGAAGUCGCUAUGGUCCAAGACGAUGGCCAAGAAGCUUCAGCCCAACGAGAAGAAAGCACUGCAGAUCCUGAUGAAUAAACUCGUCGCAGACCCUGUCUCCUUUGUAUUCCGCGAACCUGUCGAUCCCGUCCUUCUCCAGAUACCGACUUACUUCGAUGUUAUCCCCAAGAAGAACGCAAGAGACCUGCGUACGAUACGGCAGAAGCUUGACGCGGAGAAGUACGACUCUAUCGAUGCUUGGGAGGCGGACUUGGACUUGAUGAUCGAAAACGCACUGCUGUUCAACGGCGCCGAUUCAGAGGUCGGAAUUAUUGCGGCACAGGUCCGUGACAAGUACAGGGACAUGGCGGCGAAUAUCAGAGGGACUUCUGCGAAGCGCAAGAGCAGCGACAAACCGGGAACGCCCCAGCCCACGAAGAAGGUGAAACUUGGCUGA